UUGACGCUUUAUUGACGCGUUCGGGCUUCCGUAGUUAUGUCAUGAGGAAAUGUAAGGUAGCACUAACACAACGUUAGCGCUGCUAUUCGAGAGACCCUUUUAUGCACGUCAUGAGGUAAACAAAACCUACAACAAUGACGACUGGUGCCGACUACCGCUCCAUCUUUAAUCUGUGCCCAAAUGAUGAGGCUUUGAAUGGACUGAGAGAAGUGAACCCCAUCCUAAAGCAGCCUGUAAACACUGUCCCAGCCACAGACAAGUCGGAAGACAAAUCCCCAGAAGAUGACAGACAGCGGGAGUCCAGUCUGGUUAGAGAAGUGUCAGACAAGAUGGUCUGCUCAGCCUGCAAAUGCCUCUUUGUCAGUCGUGAGGAACAGAUGGAGCACUACAAGCUCGACUGGCAUCGCUUCAACUUGAGACUCAAGAUUUCGGGAUUGCCACUCAUCACAGCUGAGGAGUUUGAGAGGAAGACCGGAGCUGGAGACAUGUCAAGUAUCUCAGGCUCAGAGUCCGAAUCGGAGGAAGAUGACUCUGAUAGUGAGAGUGGGGGAACGAGCAGCAACAUCACUGGCACUGAUAAUGAGAGCUCAGUUGAAACCAGUUUAUUUACUGGCCGGCACUCUAGCAAGGUGUUUUUCCAGAACUCUGGCGAACAAUACCUCUCAGUGUACCGCUGCAUUCUGCAGGGAAAGUCAGAUGAUGUUGACGCUGUAUCCUGCCUGAAGGCCAUAAGUACGAAGAUUGUGUGGGUCGUCCUCAUGACAGGUGGAGGCCACUUUGCUGGUGCUGUAUUCCAAGGAAAAGAAGUCCUUCAGCACAAGACUUUCCACAGAUACACGGUGCGAGCGAAGCGAGGCACUGCUCAAGGACUCAAAGACUCUCAGAACCGCGGUCACACGCCCAAGUCUGCCGGAGCUGCUCUGAGGCGACAUAAUGAGGCGGCGCUAGUCAAGGAGAUUCAGGAUCUUCUGGUCAGCUGGGCUGAACACUUUGAGGAGGCCUCUGCAAUAUUUGUACGAGCCCCCAGCUACAAUAGAAGCAUCUUUUUUGGUGGUCGUGCAACUCCGAUUGACAAAAAAGAUUCCAGGAUCCACACACUGCCCUUUCCCACUCGCAGGGCAACCUUUCGAGAGGCACAGAGGGUACAUGAGGUACUUUCCACCAUCCGUGUUUAUGGGAAAGACACAGACAUGUCUGCAGUCUUCAGUCCAUCUAAGAAGGCCUGGAAAAAAACUGUCAAACCCACAGCACAAAUAAAUACCCAUCAAGAGAAAGCAGAAGAGGUCCGCGAUAGCUCUGAUGAAGAAGAGGGUGGAGAGAUCCAGCUGGAAAUGGUGGAGCUGACAAUAGGAACUCUAGACCUCAGGGAGUCUGAAAUCUAUCCCUCCAGGCACAGGAGGCGAAGGAGGAGAAAGAAGGAGGAAACCAAACUGCAAAAUGAGGAAUUGAGUAACGCAGAAGAAGAAAAUCAAGACGAGGAAGAGCCAGAGGCUACACCAGCAGAAGACACCCCUCAAGAGACACAAUCAAAGAACAAGAGGAAGAGGAAAGCACAGAGUAAGAAACAACUGGAUGGAAUUGCUGGUGACUCGUCAGAGUUUGGCCUGAGGGAUGAAGUGUUUACAGCCUGUAAGGUCGGGGAUGUGGACGCUCUAUGUCGACUUCUUCAGCUACCUGGAGAAUCGUCAGAGAGUCGAGAGCAGUCGGAGAGCAACCCUUCUGAUGUCCCGAGUCCUCUAAUGCUCCUUAAUAAGCCCAUAGACUCGUCAGGUUUCACUUUGCUGCAUGUUGCUUCAGCAGCUGCACAAAGGUCUGUGGUUAAGCUGCUCCUGGACGCAGGAGCAGACCCAGCCUGCAGGGAUAACAAAGGGCAGCCCCCGUAUAUUGUCGCCCCUGACAAAGACACAAGGAACGUCUUUCGUAAAUACAUGGGUGAGAAUCCUGACAAAUAUGAUUACACCAAGGCACAGGUCCCUGCGCCGCUAACGGCAGAGAUUGAAUCCAAAAAGGUGGAAAAGAAGAAGGCACUAAAGGCAUUGAGAAAACAGCGAGAAAAAGAGCAGAAGGAGGAAAAUAGGAAACACGAGUUGGAGGAAGAGGAAAAGAAGAGGUUUGCAUCUCUGACCGAUCGUGAAAAGAGAGCUCUGGCAGCAGAGAAGAGGUUAGCGGAGCAAGUAGCUGCAACAAGAGUCGGCCUCUCUAAUGUCAAGAGGUGCUGGUCGUGUGGAGAGUCUCUGCUUGAGAAGGUCCCAUUUCAGUACCUGGAUUAUUCGUUCUGCACCCCUCACUGUGUCCAAGCACAUCGAAAAGCUAAUACUAUUCCAGGCAAGACCUAAUGUAUAUGGCUGUGUCUUGCCAGUGUGCUAUUUUGAUAUUCAACUGUAAACAUACAUUUCAAAUAUAAUGAUGACCUCAGACAACUGGAUACUGUAUUAAAUCAUUAUGUAAUAAAUGUAUAUUUUAUUCACAGUAUCGGAAAUUAUGGAGAAGAUUAAAAAAGCAAAUACAAUAAAAAAAACUUUAAUACU